AAAUACAAUGGUGUGAAGUUGUGUUUUAAAGUCCGAGAGACACUUCGCGUUUUCUGUUUGAAAUUUUGACAUAGCAGUGAAUUAAUAAAUGGAUUAACUGUUCAGGAUGUCAGAGCAUUUGCCUAUAGGACGUUUACUGGUGUAUAAUCUAGCGAUCGGACGCAUUUCAUAAAAAAUUUAUUACACGGGAUUUGACCCAAAAAUCAAACAUGGCGGCCAUUUACUUUUUCAUAUGGGCCGCUUUUGUUUGGAGCUGUAAAUCCAGCGUUGUUUCGGCGAUUAAUAACUUAUGUCCGUCCGUGUGUUCGUGUUUAGGAGAUUAUGUUGAUUGUAGUAGAACGGGUUUAAUAGAAAUUCCGAAGGAUUUGCCGACCUGGGUUACCGACUUGGAAAUUCAGUCCAAUGCCAUAUCAUCAUUGAACCCUGAAGAUUUUAAAGGACUUCAUAAAUUACAGAAGAUUGACUUGAGCAACAAUGAGAUAUCAUUCAUCAAUGAGAGUGUAUUUGUAAACCUUCCAUCCCUCAAAGAAAUUAAAAUAAACAACAAUAAAUUAACAGAAAUACCAGUAUUAAAAGGGAAUCCGGUACUCACUCGUCUUGAACUAACACACAACAAGAUCCAUACAAUCAAUGGAAAUGCCCUGAAACAUUUACCCCAGUUGGAUAUGUUGGACCUUUCCUAUAACGACAUCACAGACAUCACAAAUGCUACUUUUCCUGCGAACCUCUCCAUUACUAAACUGUUUUUACGGAACAAUGAGAUUAUUUACUUUGAAGCCGGCUGCUUUUACAACCUGACGAAACUGGAGACGCUAAAAUUGAACAAGAACAAAAUUUCCCACCUUCCCAAAGAUCUCUUCAUAAAACUCGUCAACCUCAAAUCUCUGGAUCUGUCAAAGAAUCAGUUAUCACGACUGAUGGGCCUCACAUUUAAGGGCCUAAGAAGUCUACAGUUGCUGAAGAUACGGAAAAAUAUGAUACAUACUCUUGAAGAUGGUGUUUUCUUCGGUUUGGACAGGUUACAGAAUCUGCAACUGGAUGAGAACAACCUGACAACAAUAUCGCAGAACUGGUUGUAUGGUCUGGAGAACCUGAAAGAACUAUCUGUAUCAAACAAUAAGGUGUUCAAGAUCGAGCCGAAAGCCUGGGAGUAUGCGCCACAUGUUGUUACUCUUGAUGUGAGGUCAAACGCUAUGGUGACAGUUGAGACCGACUCCCUACAGAGAUUGUCAAGCCUGAAGUCACUGUUACUGGCAGAUAAUCAGGUGGAAAUCAUUCAAGAAGGAGCCUUCAAACAUCUCGAGGCGUUGGAGGAACUUGACUUGAACCAUAACAGAAUAUCGUCCACCAUUGAGGAUGUGAACGGGGCAUUCACAGGGCUUGUAAGAUUGAAGAAGCUCAGUUUGAUAAACAACAAGAUCAAGACGAUUACAAAGCAGGCGUUCACGGGGCUCGAGAGUGUGGAAGUACUGCUGCUCGACAGCAACAAUAUCACCUCUAUACAAGGAAACUCAUUUGAACCCCUCAUCCAGCUACGGCAACUAUCUUUCAACACAACCAGCCUGUUUUGUGACUGUCAGUUGUCAUGGGUACCAAUCUGGUUACGAGACAACAACUUUGAGCAUUCAGUGAUUGCCAAGUGUGCUCAUCCGAGUAAUGUCAAGGGCAAGAGCAUUUUUGUGGUCGACUCUAGUGAAUUUAAAUGUGAUGGUCAGUUUUUGAAGCCAGAGAUUUUCUUGAAUCCAAAGACGCAAGUGGUUCUAAAAGGGGACAACAUCACGUUAAACUGUUCAGCUGCUAGUACAGAGGCACAAGGAUCUCCCACACAUUUUCAGUGGCGAAAGGAUGACUUUGUACUUUCUGAUGUUAAGACUGAGGAUUAUGCGGUCCGUUCGGGGAAUCUUACACAUUACACGUCCAAACUACACAUUAGUAAUGCGCAGGAUGUUGAUGCGGGCAAAUACCACUGUGUUAUAUCCAAUGAUUAUGGUUCGGCUUACUCCAAGAGAGCCAAUAUUAAUGUCUAUGUAUUUCCAAAAUUUACCAAGCGUCCACAGAAUGUGACUGCGAAGGCUCGCACUGAGGCCACCCUUGUCUGCGCAGCUGAAGGUCAACCAAAACCUACGAUCACAUGGCAGAAAGACGGUGGGUUUGAUCACUUUCCUGCGGCACAAGAACGCCGUAUGCAUGUGAUCCCUGAGGAUGAUCAUUUCUAUAUUGUGGAUGUUAAAGCAGCAGAUGAGGGAAUAUAUAGCUGUAUUGCAAAGAACGAAGCUGGAACCAUUGUCGCUAAUGUCACUUUAACUGUUCUUCAAACCCCCUCCUUUGUUCGGCCUAUGGAACCUAAAGAGACUCGUGUGGGCACAACAACCGUUAUGGAGUGCUUAGCUCAGGGUAGUCCUCAGCCCAAACUGACUUGGUACCAUGAUGGCGAACCUCUUGUUCUUAGUCAAAGGCACUUCUUCACUGCUGAGGAUCGACUUUUGGUCAUUGUUGAGACAAAAACCAGCGAUGCUGGCGAAUAUACUUGCGAGAUGUCAAACACUCUUGGUACUAUUCGUGGCACAUCAACAUUAACUGUAGUCACAGGGGCAUCGCGAGGAGAUCGCGAAGAACGGAAUGAGAGUUCGGGUGGUGGGUUAGACGAUGAGUCGACUACAACGGGUAUCAUCAUAAUAGCUGUUGUUUGUUGCGUUGUGGGAACCUCGCUUGUUUGGGUUAUAAUCAUAUACCAGACUAGAAAACGUCAGGAACUGUACAGUGCCACACCAACAGAUGAAACAACCCUCCCGGGGGAAGUUCCCAGCUCCGGGUAUAUGUCCUCGGAUAAAGAGGGCAGUUACACACACGGAAUUCCUGUGACUUCUUUACCUGCCUACCAGUAUCAUGAAAUGCAGAUGAAGGAGUCGGGUUAUGAAUCUUCUUCUGGAAGAUUUAGAGCAGCGCGCUCAGCGGCCAUAUUUCCUAGUGAUGUUGAUCAAGAUGAGUUACACAGUUACAACAUGCUAGCGGGAGACGGUCGGUACUUGGAACAAUCUGAUGAAAACAGUUUGUCCAGUCAAGAAUAUCCACAGAGUGAAUCAGACUCUUUAAAAAGUGAUGGACAUAGUGUGAAUAGUUCCCACUCGAGUCAGCAACAGAUUUUAACCACAUUCCAUCCCCAUGCGGCCAGUCAGGAACGUUUAGGGACGACACGGUCCCGAUCAUGUUCCGUAAACCAAAUUCCUUGUGAUAAUAAUAUAAACACAGACGCUGAUACAGUGCAGUGCGAAAAUACAAAUAAAGACAACUCUGUAUCAUCUCAAACUGAUGAUACGUUAGGUGAUAGUUGUCUCCCUUCAUACAAAGAGAUUAUACAUCCAAAUGUGAACUCACGAUGUAGAAAGUGUGGUGAGGAAAGUUCACAUGCAGACGUGCAUGAAUGCAAGCAUAAUAAUCCUCCUGUACCUCCAAAGCCCUCCAGAUGGCGCCACACAAGACACAAAGGACACUCACACUUUGAUCGUGCUCAGCCACCAGGGAUCUCACGAAGCAGUAGUGAUAUUCAAGAUUACAUGUAUGAAGAAGACAUUCCCCCUCCACCACCUCCUCCACUGGUGCCGUGCUCUGGUGUCUUUGUUAGACCUGAGUACAGCGGUGAUGAAGGUGUAUACCUCACUAAUGGCAGUCCCUACGUUCCUUAUUUUCAUCCAGUCAAUGCUCCGUGUGAUUGUCACUUACAUUAUGCUCCUCCCCCUACACACAAACAUUCUCGAGACCACAGACAACAUACCUCCAAAGAUGUUGCAACAAACAAUUUUUCAGUUCCUCAUAACCAAAGACUUAAUGGUGUUGUCGGGUGUGUGCAUCAUCAUAUCGGAGCCGUAAAUCCAGCGUGGCAGGGACAUGCGUACACGUUACCAUACAUGCCGACGCACCAAGUUCCGCAGAUGCAUGCAGCACCUACCAAAGUGUCGCCGCGACAACAACAGACUCACCAUUCAGCUCCGCGGCACAGAGAAACUUCAGCGGGCCAAAAGCUAUCCAAGUCGCCAAAUGUUAACUCACCGAAAACAGACUCUUCAAAUUCAUAGCAUAUGAAUUGUUAUUUAUGUUUGUCACAGAGUUACAUUAUUUAUUCAGAACUUUGUAUUAUAAAUUAUUAACAAUAGCUUUAAAAGAUUAUUUAAUUGUUUUUCCAUGUUGAACUUGUACAACCAUGUAAAUGCAAAAUUGAAUUUAAAAUGCAUAAUUAGCCAAUGAUAUUUAAGUAAUAUUAAAUGUUUUCACACUCCAAAUUAAAUCUAGUUAAAGCAUAUUUGUUUACAAUAAACUUACCAUUUCUUGAAACAGACUGAAAAAAAAUGUCUGUCUCCUGUUUAGUACAAUGAAAUGAAUGACAGAAUCAAAUUGUUGAGAUAAGUUUUUCGUCUCUUCUUAAAAUUACUUCAGGUUCAAUGAAUGUGUAAGUUCUGUUGUUGUUUUUUCUGUUAAAUAUUGAAUCUUGUUACACUACAGUAUUUACUGAAGAAAGAUCAUUUUUGCAAUUAGAACCUCUGUUAGAUACGAGGCUCUGUAACACGAGUUGUUUGUCAGUAUAAAUUGAUUAAGUGAUAUAUAAUUAACAAUUUGAAAAGGCGGUACAGAAGAGUAAUAAUUUUGAAAAGAACUUUGACAUAUGUGUUUGUUUUCGACAAGACCUAGUUGGUUUUUUUUUUGUUUUUUUUUUUUUAAAUAUUUAGGCUUCAUAAUUAAAGUGAAAGUAAUAUGUAAUCAUAAAUUUGCUACAGCAUUAAUACUAACAAGAGUCCUGUAUUCAUCAAUUUUUAGACAAAGACUUUGCAUUCAGCUGUAGUUCUAGUGGUCUUCCUUUUUCUAGCUCAUUGGAGUCACCUGUAUCAGUAUUUUUACAUAGAAUUGAUGACUUUUAUCAAAGAAUUCUUGUUCGUAGUAACUCUUUCUUGCAGUUUCCUCCUUAGGUAAGACCUUGGGUUACUUGUUAAACAAUUACAUUAAAACUUUUAGAAGAAUACUUCUACAGCAAUCUUUUAAACAAGUUUUUGUUUUAAUAUCAGCCGAUAAGCAUAGAAAUAUUAGACUGAAAUACAUGCGUCUUAGAAAUCUCAGUCUGAAUAUUGUGAAAGUUUUAGUCACACAUAGAAUUGCCUAUGUUGACUGGUUCAGUUUUGUUCAUUUACCAAAAUUACCUCAGUUUAAGUGACUGGCUUCAUUCUCAGGUUGACAUGACGAUCAAGUGUUCUCAUUCCGUAUUAUUAUGUCUCCCACAUCACUUUGGUGGGAGACAUAUUGUUUUACUCCUGUCUGUGUGUCCGUCUGUCUGUCACAAAUCUUGUCCGCGCUCUAAAUCAAACAGUUCUCAUCCAGUCUUCACCAAACUUGAACAAAAUAGGUUUGCCUUUAAGUCGUCGGCCAAGUUUAAUAACUAGCCAAAUCGGCCCAGGCACUUUGGAAUUAUGGCCCAUCGAAAAUUGCUCAGUACACAGAUGCCAGUAUCCACACUGUAAAUCAUUGGUGCAUGGUUGAUGCCAGUAUCCGCACUCUAAAUCAUUGGUGCAUGGUUGAUGCCAGAAUCUGCCAGAAUCUGCACUCUAAGUCAUUGGUGCAUGGGUGGUGCCAGUAUCGGCACUAAGUCAUUGGUGCAUGGUUGAUGCCAGUAUCCGCACUCUAAGUCAUUGGUGCAUGGUUGGCUCAGAUACAUAACUAUUCAGAUGAUUACGCAGUUGUGGGAGACAUGCGCUUUCCUCAACAGCAGUUCUAGUUGUUUCAUUAGUUACCUCCAUUGUCAGACUGCUCCUACAAUUGUUACUUAUACAGCCAAAUACCCCGUCCCACCCACCUUGGGACAUUGCAUUUUGCAAAAGGGGAUAGGGGCGUUUUUAGUGGCCAGAUUUCAAAAAAAAAAAUGUGUUAAGUUGAGGGAGGUACACUUGGUAGUGACUGUGAAGCGUUUAAAAGUAUUUUAAUUAUUUCUGUUUGCAGCAGUGAUAUGGUACCAUAAUCAUUUCCUGUGAAACAGCCAUUUUUUUAUCAAGUUAUUAGAUACAAUUUACAAUGGAAGAUCAUUAUGCUUUAGCUUUUAGUCUUUUGCAAGCAACAUUUUAAGUUCAAUUAUUAUUUUUUUGUUUUUAGUAAAAUAAGUUGGUGUAAUGCUUAUUCAGUGAAGGUUGAAGGGAGGUAAAUCUUAUAUAUAUAUGUUAAUGAAUAAGGGAGGUAAAUCCAUUUGUUUGUAUUAUGAUAGUAAGGUGGUAAAAACUACUUAAAAUUCUGGUGCUGCUUAGUUUUUUUUUUGUGCAUUUUCGAUGGCAUUUUUGAUUUUGAAAUCCAGAUUAUAAUGGUGUUUGUUGAAUGUGUUGAUAGUUUUUUAGCUGAUAUUUUUAUUAGUACAUGUUACAAAGAUGUAACUACAGUCUUUGUAUGAUCAUAUUAGAAACUGAUAUUAUAAUUGUUAGAUAGAGAACAAACUUGAACGUAUACAUGGUAAAACAUUGUGAUAAUUGUGAGCAUAUCAUUAUAUUCACUCUUAUCUAAAGUAACUUGUAUCAAAUAUAUAUUGAUACAUUGAAGUGUUGUAGAAGAAAAAAAAGGGCAUUGUGAUUUUUUUUUUUUUUUUUUUUUAAAAGAUGAGAAACUUAAUGUUAUAUUGUGUAUCCACUCACAGAAAUUUUUAUCUGGCUAAAACUUUAUGGACUUACAGCAUUCGGGAUACUUGUCUUUUAUGUCAAAAUUUUAUGUUGUCUGGAAAACAUCCGAGUUGGGCUGGUUUUUACUGUUUGUAGUUCGUUUUCUGCUUGCGAAAUUCCAGUUAGGCAUACAUUAUUUUUUUCACAAAUAAAAAUGAAUUGUGAAAGUAGUGAAAAUUAUUUCCUAGUGAAUAUUUCAUAGUACUUGGUCCAGCUAUAGCCAGAUUGAAAUGCAGUACUGGCUCGUAAUCUACAUGAUUUGCUGGAAGUCCGAUAAACAUGAAUAAAUUAUAAAUCAUUUACAGAUACACGAUCAUGCAAAAAAGUGUCUUUCUAUGUUAACAAAAUGACUUGCAUGUGUGGUAAAAGUCAUUUUGUUGACAGUUUUAGCUAAAAAUUGGAUGUAAGCAGUUCAGAAAUUUUUAAUUGAAAUGUAUGUUGAUUUAAAGUGAAGCUUUCGAAUAUACAAAAUGGCAGUUCAUAAAUACAACUAAAUUUUUUAUGGAGUUUAUUAUUUUUGUACGUGUUGCAGGUCCUUUUGAUGUUGAUUUGUAUAACUUGCACUACCUAACGCCAGUAGUAAAGAUUAUUUUUGUUUAUAUAUACUGGAACAAAUUAGUCUUUAUAUAUCGGUAUUAAAUAAGAAAUUUGUCAUAUGGAAAUAGCUGAAAGUGCUCGAUGUUUAUAUAAGUCUGUGAUGAAUUUAAUCUGUAAAAGAUUUUGAUACCAUACUGUUAGAUGCUUAUUUUCUGUGUACAACUUCUCUUCAGUUUAUGGUUUAAUUAUAUUAUCUGUUUUAACCAAGUUUAUAACUUUGAAACAUUGGUCUUCAAUCAAAAUUUGCUUGUUUCCUUUCGAACAAAAAAAUAAGCCAUUCCAUGAGAAAAGCAACAUUGUGGCUUUGCGAACAGCAUGGAUCCAGACCAGCCUGUGUAUCCACGCAGUCUGGUCAGGGUCCAUGCUGUUCGCUUUCAAAGCCUAUUGCAAUUAGAGAAAUGUGCAGUUGUGCAGGCUGGUCUGGAUCCAUGCUGGUCGUAAAGCCACUAUGUUGCGGCUCAAAUGAUGAUCUUGAUAAAAUCAGUUGCCAAAUAGCAAUUGUUACCAUAUUGUGAUCAGGAAAGUUUCACGGAGUUCGUAAGUAAUUAAUGGCUCCGUUUAAACUGCAUCAAUAUAAUAACACUUAUCUUGAAGAGAGAUGUUCAUAGAAUAUAAUUACGUAUCAUGAAAAAUAUAAACUGAUGAUUUAUUUAUGUUUAAGAACUUAUACCACAUGUUUUGGUAUUGUUUCUCCAUUAUAUGUGGAGAAGUAGCCACCAGUUAACUUGUGGAGAACCAGAAUGUAGUAAAGGCAUAAAUUUUGAAAGAAGGGCAGGUAUGAUGUUAAAUUCAAGCUCCAAAACACAUACUGGUAUUUUUGAUGUUACAGAAUACUUUUGUGCUUUGUAAACUUUGGAAUUUUAUUUGAUUUUAUUUGAAGAAAUUCCAUUAUGUAAAGGGAAUUGAUAAGAAUUUUAUGUUUGAAUGCACAAUGAGAUACGGGUAGAAUUCUCACAAAUAUUUUAUGUUUUAAUCAAUUUGGUUGUGUUUGAUUUGUUUAAUCAGUUGACUGCAACUUUUGAAAUUUACAGUUUACAUUUUCAAACCAGUUUUAAGCACACCUUUUACUAAAUAUAAAGCUUUUACACUUAUUAUUGAUGUUUUCUGUUGUAAAAGGUGUUUAAGAAACAUACACAAAAACAUAAACAAAAUGUGUAUGAUUUGAAUAAUAGGUUGUUAUUUUUGUUACACACGUGUACUGAUAUGCCAAAGAUUUGUAUUAAAGCGUAAUAUUUAAUGAAAUAAGAAUGAAAUUCUUUUACAAUUUGUCUGUUAAAACAGCUGCUAUGAGGACAGUUUGUUACAUAUUCUAAACUGUAUCAGUGAUAGGCAUUCAGGGUAUUCCCCACUUCUAUCUGUGUUGUUGAUUGUGGUAUGUACCGCAUCACCAGUCAUGCUUGCCGGUUAAGGAAUAAGUUUUUUUGGACGUUAUUAUUUUGAGAAAUAUUUCUUCUUCUUCUUCCUUUGUCUGGGAAAUACUUUAAUUAAAAUAAAAAUCUGUUUUGUUCAGUUGUUAAAAAUGAUUGUUAUCCAAGUGUACAUUUGUGGCUAACAUAGAACUGAAAAAUCUUGAAAAUUGAUAUAUAUUCUGUUCUAGUAAGAUUUAGUACUUUAACUUUGGGCUGAAAAAUGUUUCUGUACCUACAGUGGUAUAUAGACAAAAAAAAUGGUUGAACCAAAGGAGGCAUAGAUAAAAAUAUGGUUCUACCAAAAUAUGAUAAACAGCAAAACAAAUAUUAGUCACAGUAUCAAACUCUAGUUAGUUUGACAUAAACCCAACAACAAGAUCAAUUAACAUUAAUGAGCCGCACCAUGAGAAAACCAACAUUGUGCAUUUGGUUUCUCUAAUUGCAAUAGGGUUUGAAAGCGAACAGUAUGGAUCCUGACCAGACUGCGCAGAUGCUGGUCUGGAUCCAUGCUGGUCGCAAAUGCACUAUGUUGGUUUUCUCAUGGCGCGACUCAGUUUUAUUCUGUAAAGAACAAGUAAGAAUAAGUUACAUUUGUUGAUGUUUUAUACGUGGCAGCUGUUUUAACUUCAAAUUUGUAUAGACAGACUCUGUAGUAAAUAAUUUUUGUAUUGUAGAUUUUGAAUUGUAUUAUAUUGUAUUUAAUUUGAAACUUAUAAAAUUGUUUGUAUAGAUAAACUAAGAAAAUUAGUAAAAUAUUAAAAAAGAGAGAAAAGAAAAACAAUAAAACAUGAAUAUAAAA